GUCGCUGGUGCAAGCUCUCCAUUACGGGAUCGAGCCUGAUAAAAGGGCUUCGGCACCCGCAAUUCCCUCAGGCAAUUCCUGCCCCCAGGUGUUAGAUCAACAGCGCCAACAUAUUUCUCUAAAUGGCGACUCGCCCCCUGAAAUAGGCCAGCCAGUGUUCGAACGUGUGCCUUCACACGGUACCACUCAGGUUCGACGGUUAUCCGUCACGGUACUGCUUGUUUUAGCGAAUCUCGUACAGAUGACAGUAAACUUCGCCGGGAUUGCCGGUGGAAGCAGGUUGAGCAAUGCAAUGGGUGUUAAAGAAUCAUAUGCCUCAUGGAUUGGCGCCAGCUAUGCACUGACGCAAGGAACAUUUGUCUUGAUGAGCGGUCGGUUAGGCGACGUUUUUGGUCACCGGAAACUGCUUCUGCUCGGCGGAGCAUGGCUAAGCCUUUGCGUCCUCACCAGUGGGUUCUGCAAUAACUUUUUCGCUUUUGUCACGAUGCGUGCGCUUGCUGGCGUGGGCGGCGCUCUCAUCAUGCCCAACGCAGUAGCAAUGAUUUCGUCGACGAACCCUCCAGGACGUAUCCGAAACCUGAGUUUGGGUUUCUUUGCUGCGUCCGCACCAUUGGGAGGUUACCUUGGAGCGUUAUUCCUAGGCGCUUUCCUAGAGAACACCGACUGGAAGUGGUUUUUCGUCUUCAUAGCCUGCCUCGGCACGCUGACCUUCAUCCCUCUGUGGAUUCUAGCGCCAUACGAACCACCGGUUGACCGACACGGAAAGAUAGACUGGGUCGGCUCCGCUUUAGGCACCAGUUCCUUGAUCUUGUUUAAUUUUGUCUGGAAUCAAGCACCCAGCGUCGGCUGGUCAACUCCGUACGAGAUAGUCCUUCUCCCUAUCUCGCUGAUCCUAUUCGGCACCUUCCUAGUAUGGGAAAAGAGGUUCGCUCCAGAGCCGAUCAUGCCUCUAGACAUCUUCAAGGCGCCAUCCUUCCUCACCCUCCUCCUAGUCAUCCUCCUAAAUUACAUGGCGGUGGGUACCCUCAUCUGGUACCAGGUCCUCUGGCUUCAGGAAGUAUGGCACUGGUCUCCCCUUCACUUCGCCGUCGGGUGGACCCCUUUUGUCAUCUGCGCGACGGCAGCAGCAUCCCUUGCUGCCUGGCUGAUCCCCCGUCUCGCGGCGCAGUGGAUCCUAGCGAUCGGGACGGUGACUAUUCUCAUUUCCAAUGUCCUGAUGGCCACCGUACCUCUGCAGCAAUCGUACUGGGCCCAGGUCUUCCCGUCCGUUGUACUCUUCUCCUUCUGUCCCGAUUUUGUGUAUACCGCGGGUCAAAUCAUUGCCAGUAAUUCUGUCCGGCGGCAUCAACAGGGUAUUGCGGGAUCGAUUAUAGGAACGCUGAAUUUGUACGGGAACAGUUUGGGACUGGGGUUUGCGUCGACCAUUGAGGUCCAGAUUGCUCGUCAACUGGACAGUCGCAUCAUGGGGUAUCGGGCCGCGCUCUAUUUUGGCGUUGCUAUCAGUGCGGUGGCGUUGAUUCUAGACGUAUGUUUCGUAAGAUUGGUCAAGGACGAGCGUGAGGGAUGGGAGGAGGAGGACCUAGUAGCUCUCAACGAGAUUGAGCUGCAGGGACAUGCGGAGGCGACGGGGGCUCAAUUGCCAGCAGCACCCGUCCGGUCAUAAGAUACUCUGUGCUACUUUUGAGGGGAUACUGGAGGCUCUCGAAGAGGCUCGAGCGGGCAAGGACAAGGCUGAUUUAAAAUAUUGGGCGGUGCUGGUCACGCGUAGUUCGUAAAUUGAAAAGUCCCGUCUGUUCUGUAGGUGCAAUGCUGGCACAUAUCACUCCGAGAUAUACAGGGCAUGACGCGAACGUAGUCUCUAGUGAUAGGUCUCAGCAGAUGCUAAUGCCUAAUUGUUU